GUUGCAUGUUCAGUAUUAUAUUACCUCCUCACUGCAGGGCAGAUGGUCUAUACUGUCAGGCAACGCUGUGGUAGGCAAUUAGCCAUCGAGGCUCCAACAGACGCAGACGUGGUCAGCACUGUGCCUGAGUCUGCAACUCCUGCUGCACUGGGCUACGCUCAGCAGUCUGGGCUGCCAUAUAUAGAGGUUCUGUGUAAGAACCGCUACGUUGGGAGAACAUUUAUUCAACCAAAUACCCGCUUGAGGCAGUUAGGAGUUGCCAAGAAGUUUGGAGCUUUGACAGACAACUUUGAUGGGAAACGAGUGGUGCUAGUUGAUGACUCCAUCGUCAGAGGCAACACCAUCGCCCCCAUUAUAAAACUGCUGAAGGAAGCUGGUGCAACUGAGGUCCAUAUCAGGGUAGCCUCUCCACCAAUCAGGUUCCCUUGCUACAUGGGGAUCAAUAUUCCAACCAAGGAGGAGCUCAUCGCCAACAAGCCAGAGUUUCAGAACAUUGCUAGAUACAUUGGUGCAGACAGUGUUCAGUAUCUGACUGUGGAGGGCCUGUUAUCAGCUGUCCAGGAGGGAAUCCCCUCCCUCCAGGACAAGGACAAGGACAAGAUGAUCAGCUCCAGUAACAAGUCCAGCAAGAGAGUGGGUCACUGCACAGCCUGUCUGACUGGGAAAUAUCCAGUAGAGCUGGAGUGGUAACUGGUGUACCAACGCCAUGACCAAGCAGCAGAACUGUGGAUUUACCGCAAGCUCCCACAGCUGAUCCAUGUGAAUGAAAUAGACUGGAAAAGAAGUGGUCGGGGUUCUAAAUACUGCUAGGUGGGACACUAAGAGACCAAUUAAAUACACAAUGUAUGCUUUCUCUUCCGAGGGUCAUUAUGAAAGUCUGUUUACUAUAUCCUGAUACCACUAAAGUGGGAUUACAGGUGCACAUGUCUGACCGCACAACACUCAUUCUUUUACCAUAUAAAUGUAUUUUUCACAAGUCUUAAUUUGUUUCAGAUUUUUUUUUUUUUCACAUUCCAAGCCUCAACAGGAGCAUUAGAUAUUAACUAGUGACCAAAAAGUGAAACUGUCCUUAUUUUCCGUAUCAAGUUUACUUUUCUACUUUUACCCUAAAUCACUAUGCUCUUUAGUCUGGCUGUUGGAUAUAUUUUGGCUUUACUUUGAACAUUACAUGAAUAUAAUGUAGAAGUUAAAUAAUAAACUGCAAUGAGAACAU